AACAAAACAGCGCCCAGCCCCCUCUUGCUUCCAUUUCCUCCUGCUGUCUUGUGCUUUAGAGCAACACCGGAGAAGAAGAAGAAGAAGAAGAAGCAAAUCUGCAAAAGUCGAUUUUUAAAAGCUGAGCACUAAAUUUCAGUCUCUCCAAAACACAAUCAUCAUUAUAAUAAGCAAAAAUUAAUUUAAAAACCUCUCUCACUGUUGGCUUAACCAUUUUCAUUAGGCGAGAGAUUCUUCGAUCCGAUUCUUUGAUUGGUAUCUCAUAGUUAGAGUUACAGUGCGAGGAACUUUUAAGCUCAGCGAUGGCUCUCUCAGCUUCUGAUUUGCAAGCAGUAUACUCGUUGCUGGCUAAUUCAAUGAGCGGCGACGAAAGCGUUCGCAAACCGGCCGAGGCUGCGCUCUCUCAGUCGGAGAGUAGACCUGGUUUCUGCUCUUGCCUAAUGGAAGUGAUAACUGCAAAGGAUUUAGCAUCUCAGGUGGACGUUCGCUUGUUGGCUUCGGUGUAUUUCAAAAAUAGUAUCAAUCGGUAUUGGAGGAACAGGCGCGAUUCCUCGGGAAUAAGCAGUGAGGAAAAAAACCACUUGAGGCAAAAACUAUUGUCACACUUGAGAGAAGAGAAUGAGAAGAUAGCUGUAAUGUUGGCUGUGCUCAUUUCAAAAAUCGCUCGCUUCGAUUAUCCCAAAGAAUGGCCAGAGCUCUUUUCGGUCUUAGCACACCAGCUUCAGUCAGCAGAUGUUCUUUCUUCUCACAGGAUUUUCAUGAUUCUCUUCCGGACCUUGAAGGAAUUGUCCACUAAACGUCUGACUGCUGACCAAAGGAACUUUGCAGAGAUAUCAUCGCACUUCUUUGAUUACUGCUGGCGCCUUUGGCAGAGUGAUGUGCAGACCAUAUUACAUGGUUUCUCAGCACUUGUUCAAAGCUUUAAUCCAAAUGCUUUGAAGCAGCAUCAUGAUGAACUUUAUCUAACAAGUGAGAGAUGGUUGUUGUGUUUGAAGAUAACACGCCAGUUGAUAGUUUCAGGGUUUCAAAGUGAUGCCAAAUGCAUACAGGAGGUCCAACCAGUGAAGGAGGUCUCUCCUGCGCUCUUGAAUGCCAUUCAGUCUUUGCUUCCAUACUAUUCAUCUUUUCAGAAGGGAUAUCCUCAAUUUUGGGACUUCAUAAAGAGGGCAUGUACAAAAUUGAUGAAGGUUUUGGUCACAAUUCAGGGCAGACAUCCUUAUUCAUUUGGUGAUAAGUCUGUCCUUCCACCUGUCAUGGAUUUCUGUUUAAACAAGAUAGUGGAUCCUGAGCCUGAUUUAUUAUCAUUUGAGCAGUUCCUGAUUCAGUGUAUGGUAAUGGUAAAGUGUGUACUUGAAUGUAAGGAAUAUAAGCCAAUUCUUAGUGGUCGGGUGAUGGAUGAAAAUGCAAUUACCCUAGAGCAGAUGAAAAAAAAUAUUUCAAGUGCUGUUCGUGGUGUUCUGACUUCCCUUCUUCCUAGUGAACGCUUAAUACUCUUAUGCAAUGUAUUAAUAAGAAGGUAUUUUGUUCUAACAGCAAGUGAUUUGGAAGAGUGGUACCAGUACCCUGAAUCUUUCCAUCAUGAGCAAGAUGUGAUUCAGUGGACUGAAAAACUGAGGCCUUGUGCUGAAGCUUUGUACAUUGUAUUGUUUGAAAACUAUAGCCAAUUGUUGGGCCCUGUUGUGGUGUCCAUCCUUCAAGAAGCAAUGAAUGGUUGCCCAUCAUCAGUUACUGAGAUCACUCCUGGAUUGCUUCUUAAAGAUGCUGCUUAUGGUGCUGCUGCAUAUGUUUACUAUGAACUUUCAAACUAUCUAAGCUUCAAAGAUUGGUUUAAUGGUGCUUUAUCCCUUGAACUUUCAAAUGAUCAUCCAAAUAUGCGUAUCAUCCAUCGGAAGGUUGCAUUAAUCCUGGGACAAUGGGUUUCUGAGAUUAAAGAUGACAUAAAGAGGCCAGUAUACUGUGGAUUGAUCAGACUGCUACAAGAUAGAGACCUGUCUGUGAGGCUGGCAGCUUGUCGAUCUUUGUGUUCACAUAUUGAAGAUGCAAACUUCUCAGAGAAAGAUUUUGGGGAUCUUCUUCCUGUUUGCUGGGAUUCAUGUUUUAAGUUGAUUGAGGAGGUUCAGGAGUUUGAUUCUAAGGUUCAGGUUUUGAAUUUGAUCUCUGUUCUUAUUGGACAUGUCAGUAAAGUCAUUCCAUUUGCAAACAAAUUGGUGGAAUUUUUUCAGAAGGUUUGGGAGGAAUCUUCUGGUGAGAGUCUUCUACAGAUUCAGCUUCUCAUUGCUCUGAGGAACUUUGUGGUUGCACUUGGUUAUCAGUCACCCAGUUGCUACAAUGUGCUAUUGCCUAUUCUGCAAAAGGGAAUUGAUAUAAAUAGCCCAGAUGAACUCAAUCUUCUAGAAGACAGCAUGCUGUUGUGGGAAGCCAUACUGUCACAUGCUCCUACAAUGGUGCCUCAACUAUUAACAUACUUCCCAUGUCUGGUGGAAAUCAUGGAAAGAAGUUUUGAUCACUUGCAGGUUGCUGUCAGUAUUAUUGAGAGUUACAUAAUUCUGGGUGGAACUGAGUUUCUAAGUAUGCAUGCUUCCAGUGUAGCUAAACUUCUUGAUUUGAUUGUUGGAAAUGUAAAUGAUAAAGGCCUGCUUUCAACCCUUCCUGUCAUUGAUAUAUUAAUACAGUGUUUUCCAAUAGAAGUGCCCCCAUUGAUCAGCAGCACAUUACAAAAACUUAUUGUAAUAUGUUUGAGUGGAGGAGAUGAUCUUGAUCCUUCCAAGACAGCAGUUAAAGCUUCUUCUGCUGCAAUCCUAGCUAGGAUUUUGGUAAUGAAUACCAAUUUCCUGGGCCAAUUGGUAGUGGAACCAUCACUUCAAUUGCUCCUCCAGCAAGCAGGUGCUGCAGUUGAAGAAAAUAUACUUCUUUGUUUGGUUGACAUAUGGCUUGACAAGGUAGAUAAUGCGUCUUCCAACCAAAGAAAGAUAUUUGGUUUUGCCCUUUCAAUAAUUUUGACUCUAAGACUGCCUCAAGUGCUUGAUAAACUGGAUCAGAUCCUCAGUGUAUGUACAAGUGUAAUUUUGGGUGGAAAUGAUGAUUUAACUGAGGAGGAGUCCAGUGGUGAUAACAUGGGCUCCAGCAUGUCUCACGGUGAGGGCAUUGUUCCUAGCAAAGAGUUCCGAAAAAGACAGAUCAAAAUUUUGGACCCUAUCAAUCAGUUAUCAUUAGAGAACUCUGUGAGAGACAACCUUCAGACAUGUGCUGCCUUUCAUGGUGAAUCUUUUAAUUCAGUCAUUGGUAGAAUGCAUCCUUCAGCAUUUGCACAACUGAAACAGGCAUUGAAGAUGCCAUAGCUGGGCACAACACUGAUUUUUCUUCUGUUUGAGUGGUGAUGUCAAGCUCAGGGCCUGUACAAUUUUUUUUUUGUUUAUUCCAGGCAUUGAGAAGUUAAAGGUACAAUGAUACUUUAUUGACUUGGCUGGUGGUUUUCACAUCUUUGGUUUCAGGUUUUUUAAUUUUUUUUUAUUAUUAUUUUAUAGUUGUUAAAAGGGUAAGAUUGGAAAAGAGCAAGCUGAGAGUUCUCGCAUUAUUUGCAUUCUGAAUUUCAUUUGCAUAUGCCUCUUUUGGCAAAGGAAAUUUCUGUAAAUAGUUUUGCUGGUCCUUCUCUUGCCUAGAUAUUCAGGCACAAGGGUCGGAGCGUUGAGUUCAUAGGUUUUGUCUUUACUCACAAAUGAAAUUAAAAUAUUAUUGGAAGAGGGGUGGGCAAAACGAUGUAUAAUGUAUUUUCAUUACUACUGUUGGUAACUGACUUCUCCAUUUCUGCUUUCCUUUUUUUCAUGUAAUGUUUGGGUUUGGAAUUUUAAUUGUUUUGCAAGUCAAUUUUACUUCUUGAAUGAGUAUGUCAA